AUGUCUGAUGAAAUAGAAGUAAAUGCAACAAGUAAAUAUAAGUUAGAUUAUAUUGUAACAGAAGGAAAACAACCUCCACCAGAAAUACAUGGAGAUGUAUUUGAUCGACAACGUGUUAUGAAAAAUUUCGACCAACAGUCUGUUGAGCAACAACAUGUCUUUGUCCUUGGUGUUGGUGGUAUAGGUAGCAGUAUUGCAAUGUCUGUUGUAAGAAUGGGUGUCGAUACUAUAUAUUUACUUGAUCGUGAUUUUGUGGAUGCAUCUAAUUUAAAUCGACAAAUACUAUUUAGUUUAUUAGAUAUUGGUAAAUCAAAAGUAGAAGUUGCAGCUCAACAUCUAAAAUGCAUUCAUAAUUUAAGAACAAAUAUCUAUGAUUAUCAUAUGGAUGCUGUUACAAAUUGGUUUUGUGUUGUUGAGAUAGCUAAAAAAUGUACAGUUAUAUUUAAUAAUAUUGAUUAUGGAGCUGUAUUUGAUUAUGCAGUAAACUCAUUAUGUAAAUCAUUAGGUAUUUUAUAUGUAGCUGGUUCGACAUAUGCGAAUAAUAUUGAAAUUAAUCUAUUUUCUGGGUUGUUAAAUGAUCCAUGUUGGGCAUGUAAUAAUAAUACAAAUGAUUCAUUCAAAUUCAACAUUGAAGAAAUAGAAAAUAGAAAUGAUAUUCAACUAUUACUUAAAGAAAUAUGUUGUAUAUCAGGUGAACAAGCACAAUCUAUUAUUGAAGAAUGUUCUAGAGAAUUAAAUUUACAUCAACCUUCAGUAUUACAAUUAUCAACACUAUUUAUGCCUCUUUAUCAACACAAAGUGUUGAAAUUAUUGCUACCACAAUCUAUUCAACGACAUCAAUCAAUUGAAUUCAUACCAAAAGAUAGAUCAUUUCCAACGAGAACGGUUGGAAGUUGGAUUGGUGUGUGUGUAUCUGGAGCAUGUUUAAUUGUCAAUACAUGGAUACAAUAUCUAAUGAAAACAAAAAAUUCUAAUUCUGAUCCAAAUCAAUCGUUUCAUAAUUGGAGUCAACUAAACUUAUCAAUGUUUAAUGGUGGAUAUGAUACUGUAGGAUUUCCAAAUGAACAAACUCUUCAAUGUUGUCCCAUUUGUUCAAAUGCAAAACAAAUAGCAGAACAAACGUCACAUUUAGAAAAAGAUAUAUCAACAUAA